AUGUUGCGUUGCAGCUACGGCGCGGGCUACGACCUGGCGGCGCGGCGGAAAAACGCGACACGCGAGUCCACGGCGACGCUCAAGGCGUGGCUCAACGAGCACAAGAAGAACCCGUACCCCACCAAGGGCGAGAAGAUCAUGCUGGCCAUCAUCACCAAGAUGACGCUCACGCAGGUCUCCACGUGGUUCGCCAACGCGCGCCGCCGCCUCAAGAAGGAGAACAAGAUGACGUGGGAGCCCAAGAACAAGACGGACGACGACGAGGACGCCGUCGUCUCGGACGGCGACGACAAGGACAAGGACGACCUCGACCGGCGCGACGACAAAGGUGAGUGA